AUGCCUAGAGGAAGCCGAAGCCGUACCUCCAGGAUGGCCCCGCCAGCCAGCCGGGCACCAGUAAUGAGGUCAGCACCACCUCCAGUGGCACACCCACCUGCUGCUGCUGCCCCAUCCGCCCUUGGACCUGCUGCUGCCCCUAGACAACCAGGACUCAUGGCACAAAUGGCUACUACAGCUGCUGGAGUUGCAGUUGGUUCUGCAGUGGGACACACUAUUGGACAUGCUAUUACUGGUGGAUUUGGUGGCAGUAAUUCAGAGCCUGCAAGGGCAGAUAUAACCUACCAGGCUCCACAGUCAGCUUAUCAACAGCAGCAGACUCAGUACACACCAUGUCAGUAUGAGAUGAAACAAUUCUUGGAGUGUGCUCAGAAUCAAACUGACCUGAAGCUCUGUGAGGGCUUCAGCGAGGUGCUCAAACAGUGUCGAUUCGCAAAUGGUAUGUUCCCUACUUUUCUUGCAAAUUUUAAUUGCAAGUUGUAA